CAAACGCACUAAUGUUAUUGGUUUAGUUUUGUAACCUUCCAAGAAAAAGCAAUUGAAUUUUGAAAAUAGUUAAGAAACUAAGAGAAAAACGAUAUAAUUAUCUAUAUGUGCAAAAAUGAAAUUAGUUGAUCACGUUGUACGAAGUUUUAAGGUAGCAAAAGUAUUUCGAGAAAAUUCCGAUCGAAUAAACAGCAUAGAUUUUUCACCAAAUGGAGAAACAUUAAUAUCCUGUAGUGAAGAUGAUCAAAUUGUUAUUUACGAUUGUGAAAAAGGGACACAGGAGCGUACAGUCAAUAGUAAAAAAUAUGGGGUAGAUUUAAUACAUUUUACACAUGCAAAAAAUACAGCAAUACACAGUUCAACGAAAAUCGACGAUACAAUACGAUACUUGUCACUACAUGAUAACAAAUAUAUUCGAUAUUUCCCAGGGCAUACAAAAAAAGUUGUUUCAUUAUGUUUAUCACCGAUCGAAGAUACGUUUUUAUCGGGAUCAUUGGAUAAAACAUUACGAUUAUGGGAUUUACGCUCACCAAAUUGUCAAGGAUUGAUGCAUUUAGCCGGUCGACCUGUCGCUGCGUAUGAUCCAGAAGGUUUAAUAUUUGCAGCUGGUGUGAAUUCAGAAUGUAUUAAAUUAUAUGAUCUAAGAUCAUUCGAUAAAGGUCCAUUUGUCACAUUCAAAUUAAGUCAAGAGAAAGAAUGCGAUUGGACUGGUUUAAAAUUUUCACGCGAUGGUAAAACUGUGUUAAUUAGUACGAAUGGUUCGAUAAUACGAUUAAUUGAUGCGUUCCAUGGAACACCGUUACAAACAUUCACUGGUCAUUUAAAUAACAAAGGUAUACCGAUUGAAGCAUCAUUUAGUCCCGAUUCACAAUUCAUAUUUAGUGGAUCGACUGACGGUCGAGUUCAUGUUUGGAAUGCGGAUACUGGAUAUAAAGUGUGUGUUUUAAAUGCAGAUCAUCCAGCUCCUGUUCAAUGUGUUCAAUUUAAUCCAAAAUAUAUGAUGUUGGCAUCAGCUUGUACAAAUAUGGCGUUUUGGCUUCCAACAGUCGACGAUGUCUGAUUCAUUUUAAAUAUAAUUUUUUUAAAAUUAUAAUGUUUAAAAUUA